AUGGAACUCGCUUCGAUUAAGCGGGCUGCGAUAUGGGUAUUCGCUGGACUAGGCCUCGCGCUGGCGAUAAUCUCCUGCUGCGAGAUGGCGGACAACUAUCUCGUCCUCUCCCACCCUGACGCCUGCAUUGCUUCGUCCAACGGAACCCACUGCGCGGCAGAGUUCCGCGUGGCGCGGCGAUCCCUAGGCGUGGUGCCGCAAACUCCGGAGCAAGUGACCUCAGCCAUGAUCGCAGCGGUGCAAGCGCAAGUCGCGGCGUUGAUAGACGCGGUCGACGAGAUUAAGUCAAGCAACGUGCGCAACGAUCAUUUCAUAAACGCCAUGGCGAGGAGCUGCGCGCGACAGGCUAACAUUGCGCUGCGCUACCUGGAGCAGGCGGGGGAUGCGGUCGAGGCGGGCACGAAUCAGCGCGACGUGCCGUACUGGUUGGCUGCUGCCGAUACGCAGAUCGACAAUUGCGUCGACGGUUUCCAAACUUUCUCGCCCGCCGCGCAAGGCUUCCCUGCUUACGUGCAUCUCGAGUACACAGCUAAAAAAGCGGGCAGCACGCUUGGCGCCCUCGUUUCCAUCACCAAUGCCGCCGCGAAAGCCGCCGUUACCAGCGGGGACGAUGAGGUGGCGGUGCGUGGACGCAGCAUGGCCGUUCAAUCAAGCAGCCCGGGUUCCGAGGGUAACGGCGCGCUGGAUUGGCUUGAGCCGGGCUUGUACGAGCAACUGCAAGAGCUUCAAACGAGGCUGAAUGCCGGGAUUGCCGUUGCAGACGGGGGAGAUUUGGAGGGCGGUUCCAUCUCGAGGAGGCACUUGCUCAGCCAUCGCAACAAGAAAAAUAAGAGCAGCAGCAAGAAGAGCAAGGGCAGCAGCAAGAGCGUCAGCAAGAAGAGCGGCAGCAAGAAGAGCGGCGGCAAGAAGAGCGGCGGCAAGAAGAGCGGCGUCAAGAAGAGCGGCAGCAAGAGCGGCAGCAAGAAGGGCGGCAAGAAGGGCGGCAAGAAGGGCGGCAAGAAGAGCGGCGGCAAGAAGAGCGGCGGCAAGAAGGGCGGCAAGAAGAGCGGCAGCAAGAGCGGCAGCAAGAAGGGCGGCAAGAAGAGCGGCAGCAAGAGCGGCAGCAAGAGCGGCAGCAAGAAGAGCGGCAAGAAGAGCGGCAGCAAGAAGAGCGGCAGCAACAGCGGAAUCAAGAAGAGCAGCAAGAAGACCGGCAAGAGCAGCAGCAACAAAGGCGGCAAGAGCAGCAGCAAGAAGGCGUCACCGUCCGCCGGCGCAAUGGUUGCCGGCCCGUCUCUUGCGGCCAGCGCGACCGUCGGGAAGGGAUACAAGUCGAUCCAGGAUGCCGUUGACGCCGCCCCUGGCGGUUCGCGAUUCGUGAUCUACAUUCCCGCGGGAACGUACAAGGAGCAGGUGUUGAUUGAUACGACGGAUAUCGUUCUGAUUGGUGCGGGCGCGGAUAAGACGAUUAUUACGGGCGACGCGAGUUACGGCAGCGGGUCCGGGACCUACGAGUCGGCUACAGUUGGGGUCGAUAGCGACAGGUUCGUCGCUUUCGGGAUCAAAUUCGUCAACACGGCAGGUCCGGAGAAUCACCAAGCAGUUGCGUUUCGCGCCACUGGUGACCAAUCAGCACUUUUCAACUGCGCGUUCGAGGGAUCGCAAGAUACAUUGUAUGUGGACGCGGGGCGGCAGUACUACAAAAAUUGCUACAUUGGCGGCACGCAGGACUUCAUUUUCGGCGACGCGGCUGUUGUUAUCGAUGCACCGAAGAUUCAGCUACACCCGAGCCCCUCUUUUGGAACUCUGACGGCGUCGGGGCGCAGUAAGGAUACCCCAACGGGGAUUGUGAUUCGCAAUGCAAAUGUCGCGGCGGACAGCGGCACUACCAGGGUGUAUCUGGGCCGUCCGUGGAAGAAAUGCGCCUUCACGGUGUUCAUCAACGCCAAUCUCCCCGCGGUAUGCAUUCCUUCCCGUUUCAUCUGCCCGUUUCAUCUGCCUGCGCGGUAUGCAUUCCUUCCCGUUUCAUCUGCCCGUUUCAUCUGCCUGCGCGGUUUCCUCCUUCCCACCCGCCCAUCCCCCCUCCUUCCCACCCACCCAUCCCCCCUCCUUCCCACCCGCCCAUCCCCCCUCCUUCCCACCCGCCCAUCCCCCCUCCUUCCCACCCGCCCAUCCCCACUCCUUCCCACCCGCCAUUCCCCCUCCUUUCCAACCCCCAUAUACCCAUUCCACUUAAGUAUGGUGAUCGAGAAGGACGGCUGGCUGUCAUGGAACGAGGGCAGCUGCAUGUUCCUAGCAGAGGCCGGCAGCAAGGGGCCUGGCGCUGCCUCUUCCCGGGUGGACUGGGCGAGCAGCAUGAAGAAGAUCAACCUGGUGGACGUGAUGAAGAUCGAGACGGCGGGCGAGCGGGACGAGCAGGUGCUGCUGCACACCAAGUCGCGCGUGUGGCAGCUGCUCGUGGACGGCGAGUCGGACCAGUUCGCCUCCACCGUGCAGCGCAACGCCAAGCUCCACUCCACACCCAUGCCUCAUUUUCCUCCCCUCUCCUCUCCUCCACCCCCUAUUGAGCCUUUCUCUGCCCCCCUGCAGCACGCCUCCCCUGUGCUGUACGAGUUCCCAGUGGUGAAGAACAACGACCCUGCAGCGCGCGUCUCCUGUGCUGUACGAGUUCUCAGAGGUGAAGAACAACGACCCUGGCAGAUGCAGGAGGAGAGGACCCUAACGAGACCUUUCUUCACCACCGCUCCGUCCCUAUCCCUCCCUCUCCUCUCCCUUGGAGCAGCGCGCGUCCCCUGUGCUCGCGCGUCUCCUGUGCAGUACGAGUUCUCAGUGCGCGCGUCCCCUGUGCUGUACGAGUUCUCCGUGGUGAAGAACAUCGACCCUGCGAGUGGCAUGCAGAGGGAGAGGACGCUCGUUCUGACCAAGGAGUUCAUGGCGGAGAUGACCGGCAGCCACGUCAUUGCGCUGCACAGUCUGAGCGACAUCUUGGGGCUGGUGGUGUCAGACAAGAGCGAGAGCGAGGUGAUGGUGGAGCUGAGUGGGUGGCGGGCGACGCAGUACUGUGUGGCGGACAGGGAGGCGCUCGUGGGCAGCCUGGCGGAGGUCGCCAGCCACGCCAAGGCCCGCAACUUCUCCGUCCGCCUCGAACCCUUCGCCCAGCACACUCUGCCCGAAAAACCCCUGCCUCUCUGCCAGAACUGCCCUUCCCCCGCCUCCUGCCUUUUCCCCCUCGCCUACCUCACCACACUCUCUCAGAAAGGAACCCCCCCCGCUCUACCAAGUAACGAGUACGAGAUCUACCUGAUAGCGCGCUUCAUGACCGUGUUCCUGGCGCACCGGGAGAACCUCUCAGGGCUGACGCAGCCGGACGUGGUGGCACAGUGGCUGCCCAUGGUGAAGGAGUACGCCUGCAACAUGCACCCCGGCGACUCCCUCUGCAUUGACGCGCGCCCCAUGCUUGCCGGCUGA